AUGCUAUUCCUUCUUUCUACUCUUCUUUUCUUCACAAGUUUCGCUGCUUCGGCGCCAGUUCUCACUGUAAGUGAGGAAAUGGAACAAAUCUUCCAAAAUUUGACGACGGAAGGUCAAGAAGACUACUUCCAAAUCCUGUUCAAUGACACUGUUACACUCCGGGAAAUGGAUCAUUUGUGGGAUCAAUGGGCUGAGAAACACGGAAUUUCGGACAAAUGGACCGCUUACAGUGGAAAAUGGGAAACCAGAAAGGAGAAAUUCCAUAAUACAGUACUAUCGGUCAUCGAGAAUCUUCCAUCUGCGUACCGUAUGAUGACUGAGAUCACUUCGAACAGAGAUCAAACGAUCAACCAAGUUCAUGAAGCAUUGGAUCAGCUCAAGGAAACGUAUAAUAUGGAAGUCAGUAUGAUUUCGUUCCUCUCGAAAAUGAUGGUUUUGAAUGAGGAAUAUAUUAUGAACGGAGGAAAUGUGGAAAUUGGGAAUGAGGUUUCCCAGGACUUGAGAAGAAUGAGAGACUACAAGAAGAAUCGUGGAUUGAACGCUCUUUUGGUUCCAGGACCAUUGGUUUAA